UUUAACCGGAACCCGUGAGGCCGGGCUCUUGUGGAGUACUUGAGGGCGCGUGGACCGCCACGAUGGCUCCGUGCCGGGGCGGGGAUUGGCCCGCCUCCCUGAGCUGGAGGCGCUCGGCGCGCCGCGGUGAGAUCCUCCGGGCUUUCCAGCUGAAGCCGGCAACCGCGCGCGGCCGGGAGCGACCAUGGGGAGGCCGGUGUUCAGGAGGCUCUUCUGUCAUCUGUCUACCUACAGACUGAUUUGGUUCUUGGCAGCAGUGAUGCUAUGCAGGGCGCAAGUCGUGACCCAAAAUGAAAAAAAGCCGCUGAACACACCUGCUUCCUUAAGAUGCUCUCUGCAAAAUUCCGAGGAAGUCUUGAUUGUGACAUGGCAGAAAAUCAAGGCUGUUAGCCCAGAAAACAUGGUCACCUUCAGCAAGAACCAUGGGGUUGUGGUCCAGCCUGCCUAUAAAGACAAGAUAAACAUCACCCAGCUGGAACUCAAGAACUCAACCAUUACCUUCUGGAACACCACCCUGGAGGAUGAAGGGUGUUACAAGUGCCUCUUCAAUACUUUUGGUUCUGGGAAGAUCUCAGGAACAGCCUGCCUCAGCCUCUCUGUACAGCCCACAGUGUUCCUUCACUAUAAAUUCUUCGAAGACCACCUAAAUAUCACUUGCUCUGCCAAUGCCCGCCCAGCCCCUGUGAUCUCCUGGAAGGUGUCUGGGUCAGGGAUUGAAAACAGUACUGAGGUUCUCUUUCACCCCAAUGGGACCACGUCUGUCACGAGCGUUCUCCAGGUCAAAGACCCCAAGCGUCAGGUGGGGAAGGAGGUGGUCUGCCAGGUGCUGCACCUGGGGAAUGUGACCAGCGUCACGCAAACUGUGCAUAAAGGAUUUUGGUUUUCAGUUCCGCUCUUGUUAAGCAUUGUUUCCUUGGUAAUUCUUCUGGUCUUAAUCUCCAUCUUACUAUACUGGAAACGUCGUCGGAACCAAGACCGAGUCCUAAGUGAUUCUGCAAAAGAUUAUUUCCUAGAAUUACCUACGUCCCUUGGAGAGAGUCACGGUCUCCCCACAUCACAUUGGGUCAGGAAUGUCCUUAUCUUUGCCAAUGAAAUAUGCACAGAGCCCUAGAGGAAUCACACAGAACCUGGAAAAUUUACUCCCUGGUCUACUUGAAUCCGACUCAGAAGGAAGGCAGGAGGAAAAGGGUCAUUCUCUGAGGGACAUAAAGAGCAGAAGAGGUAGGGGUAAAAGACCUAAGAAUUUCAAGAUUUUCUACUGCCAUCUAAGCUACCCAGUGCUUGUGGGAGUUCCAAAAGGAAGUCGUUUUAUCUCUCAAGUCUGUUGUAGGACUUGAUUUUGUGAAGCAAUGCAGUGUUGUGCUGUUGAAAGGAGACUGGACUUUGAAUCAGUAGCCACAACUCAGAGGCUGACUCUGGCUCCAACCGAGGGCAACGCUCUGUCCAUCACUUUAUCUCAAUGAGCAUCCACACCCGCAUCCAGAAAAUUAGGAAGUUGGACCAGAUCGUUUGCCAUUCUGCUCCAAAAACUGAUGUAAUUGCAGGAAAAAAAGGAAUCAAGAAAGGAAAAAGAGAAAGGAGAACACGGGAAGGUGUUAAGGACCAAAGAACUUUUCUGAGACUACCUUUUACCUUUCUGUUGCUGUUCCAUCUCUUCUUCCAUAUUGUUCUUAGGUCCACGAGUCAGUUUCCUCCUCACGUGGUGGUGGUAGUCCACUACCUGCUGACUGGUUUGUUAGUAACUGGUCUUUCUAGAAUCCUUGGUUUCACUGCAGUUCUUCAUGUCCUCCUCUGACUGGCGUUUACCACAAUGAAUAUGGACUGAAUUCAUUGCAAAAUAACACUGACAACCUUAACUUUACUUAUCUACUUGUAUAGAAGAAUAAGUAUUGUUAGCCCAGCAGCUCACGUUUUUAAAAAAAGCAUUUCCUGUCCCAUUUGACUUAUAAUAGGAUCUGGUCCUAUACCAGUCAUUGUGAAAUCAAAAGAAAAUACAUGAUAAAAUAAAAACAGGCAUUUAGGAAGUUUCGAAUUCAAAGUCAAUUCAGAUGCUUCUCCCUCCUGGCUUCUUUUCCCAUGAGUUAACUUCUCAUAAUAGCAGAGAAGGUAUGUUUGGGUUUAGAAAUCCCUUUGUUCUAAAUUAUAUUGUUCUAACUAGUGGAACAUUUUUGAACUCUUAAAAAUCACAAGACCAAAUUAUUGACUUUUUCAGUAUCUUUUGCUUUCUUGUCUCUACUCAGUGACCUAAGAACUAAAGCUUAAGUUGUUUUCACUGUUGAAUUGGAUAUUUGUAUAUUUAGCAAGCUUUUCAUAUGUUAUUUAAAUCUGUAUUAUUUCUUAUAUUUGUAUUAAGAUACUGAAUGAUUAAAAGUGUCAAAUCUAAA